CCUGUAGUCAUACCAUUAGCUAGCUGCACAGCUUGUUGCUACUGUAUAGUAGAGGAACCGUGCUAGCUACCUUGCUUUUAGACACUCAGACCAAAUUUGCCUAUCACCGUAAUAAGUAUGACCCAUUACGAAGAGGUGUCCGUUCGAGGUUACGAUGAAUUCUGCAAAGCAGUGUCAGAGAGAAAAGGCAAAGAUAUAUUUGCAUAUUUCUCCGGCGACAAAGACGCACAGGGUGUGAGCUGGUGUCCAGAUUGUGUUAAAGCGGAGCCCAUCGUUCGGGCUGAAAUGGCACACCUUCCAGAGGGGUCUGUCUUCAUCUAUUGUCAGGUUGGAGAGAGGCCCUACUGGAAGGACCCCAGCAAUGAAUUCAAGAAGACACUGAAGCUUAGUGGAGUUCCUACAUUACUUCGAUAUGGCACGCCUCAGAAGCUUGUAGAGGAGGAGUGCUUCAAGUCUGACCUGGUGCGGAUGAUGUUCACAGAGGACUAAAGGACCUCUCUCUUCACUGUGCGCCGCGCCUGGCGCACUGCACCAAUCAAUGCGCCCUCCGUGCCAACUGCGAAAUAAAGAAAUCUGGACGUCCCCUUCCCCUGUCCUGACACUACCGUCUCCUGAGAAAUGCUGUGGCUCUUAUUUCUAUGUUAUGUCUGUAUGACUUGGAAUAAUGUCUGCUCCAUCCAUUCUCAUUUCAAGUAAAUGGGUGAUUGUUUUUUUUUUUUUUUCCCCAUGUAUUGACGUGAAGUACCAGUUCUAACUAAAGGCCUAUAACUGGGUAAUCAAAGUGUAAUUUCAGAAUGUAGUCAUACCUGAUGUGUGCAAUGGAUGCCAGAUAGCUCUGCAGCGUCUUUAAGGGGCUCGUUAUGACAGAAUGUGGUUAGUUAUCUGAGGUCCAAUGCACCAUUUUUCUCAGACUGAAUGCCGGCCAUUUUAUUAUUUGUUGGUUUCAAGCAAUGCAUUCCUGGUUCUUGAUCACCUCUGUAGUCUGAAUUGUGGGGUAAAAUGUCAUGUAUUAUGUUGCUAUGUAGAAGAAAGCACUUUGAUUAAUAAAUUGUGAGCAUACAUUGGA